AGCUUUUUCAAUCUGUAGGUCACUCUCAUGUCGCAGGUUUACUGUACAUAGCUGACAUCCGAGUUGAUUUCACAGUUGAUUCUCACUGCCAGAACACUUCUACAAAACAUACAGGACAUCUUUGUAUUAGCUCCAUUGCAAAAAAAUAUGCCUACCGAGCUCAGUGAUUUAGAAAAUGCAGGAUAAUCAAAGUCUUCGUAUUCCUUAUUACCGUCUACAUCCUGGACGUAACAGAUUUUGUUGUCAUGGCAGAGGGGUGUUUUCCCGGGAUAUGUGUAUAUUCACUAUUACCAUCCUUUUAAUUAUCUCAGUUACGGUUCUUUUCUUUGCUUUUGAUUGCCGUUUUCUAACCCCCAUCUUAACUCCUGUUGUCCCUGUUUUAGCAGCGAUUCAGUUCUUAUACGUUAUUACUGCAUUUCUUCGUACAGCAUUCACAGAUCCAGGAAUUAUACCACGAGCCACACGUCCUGAAAUAGAAUGGACUGAACUGUCAAUUAGUACUGGAGAUGUACCUGUAAAUGACUCGAAUAACAAAAGUGAGCAUGAUGUAAAUGCAGUUCGAACUUAUCCACCCGGUGCCAGAACACGUCAAAUCCUAAUUGGAGAUCAUCUAGUCAAAAUUAGUUAUUGUCAUAGUUGUCGAAUUUUCCGUCCACCAAGAGCAUCACAUUGCUCUUCGUGUGAUAAUUGUGUUGAACGUUUUGAUCAUCAUUGUCCAUGGAUUGGAAAUUGCGUUGGCCAAAGAAACUAUCGUUAUUUUAUAUUGUUCAUAUAUUCCCUGAGUAUCUAUUGUCUUUAUAUUUUAGUAUUUUCAAUAGUCAAUUUAAUUUUAUUAUACGAAAAGUAUGAAGAUAUUAUAAUGGCUAUCAAGAUUUCUCCCGCUUCAAUAAUUGAUAUAUUGAUCACUUUCUCCGCAAUGUGGACAGUAUUCGGUUUAUCAGGUUAUCAUACAUCAUUGAUGUGUCGAGGAUUUUCAACUCAUGAAGAUAUACGUCAUUUCCCGCGUAUAGUAAAACAAGCUGGUCAUAAAAAUCCUUAUUCACAUAAAAAUAUGUUCUACAAUUAUGUUUAUACACUUUGGGGUCCACAAAUGCCUAGCCUUUUACGCGGUUGGCGAAAAGUUGGCGAAGAUGCUUGGCCAGUCGGUGCUAAAGAAUUGGAUUCUUCUUCGAAUGAACAUAUUCGUGAUUCCACUGACAAUCCAUCGAAUGUAUCUUCUGUCAUUAGUAAACAUAAUCCACCUAUUCCCUUACCUAUCGAUAUGUUAAAUAAUAGAAAUGCUUUUCAUCACAAUUCUUCAUAUGAUCGGUCACCUUAUCUCUCAGAAUCACCACAAAUUCCAAUUAUUCGUCAUGAUGAAGUAUCAAGACCAGAUAUAGUCAGAUAAAACAUAUUACAUCAUCCGAUAUUUAGAGAUGAAUCCAACUUUACAAGAUGUGCAUUACAAUAUACAUAUAUGCUACUUAUUUACUCCCUAUAUAUAUAUUCAUCAAAUUAAAAUCCUGUUCAGUUCCCGCAUAAAUAGUAAUAAUCGAUUAUUCUGAUUACCGUUACUGCUGCUUCUACUCUCCGAACAUCUCAUCAUCAUUGAUCGAUAGGAUAAUCAAUCUUUGUUGUUUUCAUAUAUGUAUCAACGUUUCUCAACGUUAAUAUUUACCCUUUCUGGUAUUUAUAUGAUAGAUGUGCUUAUUUAUAAUAUCAGAUUUCUACUUUUGGUUAUAUCUUUAACUAAACAAUCCAGAAAAAGAAACAAAACAUUACAAUAUUUAUUUGUAAAUUAUAUACUACUGAAUAAAACUAGCGAAUAGUAGUUAGUAAUUUUUAUUAUUUUAUAGAAUGUGAUUUUUUUGGACAAUCCAUUGUAAUACAGAUAUAUGAUGUAAGCUUGGAUAGUUACCUAGUUAGUUGGCUAUUCAAUUUACUAUUUUUUUAAUGAUACACUCAAGAUGAUAUGACAUAUAAAUGUAAUCAAGAUUAUUAUUUCUGUGUUUAUUUGGUUGCCUCCACCACUGCCUCCCCUUGCUCUUUUUUUUAUUCCGUAUGUGUUCUGUAUGUUGUAUAAAAAGAAACCAAAAUGACUAUGAAGCAAAGAUUUUCAUCUGCUUUUUUCUUUUCUGUCCGUUUCUAUGUUCUUUAGAGUUUUCCUAAUUUUCCCCUUGAAAAUAGAGCGUAUACAGGCUGUUAUUAUUAUUAUUAUUAUUAUUAUUAUUAUUGUUUUUAUGAAUGUACGCUUCUGAAAAACUUCGAAUUAUUUUCAAAAAUAAUUAAAUGAAGAUAUUUUUCUAUU